AUACAAUAGUUAAACAAAAUAAAUCAAAUACAAAAUGAGCAAGUUCGCCUGGGUUACCUUGACGACAAAUGAUAACUAUGGGCUGGGCGCUCUGGUGUUGGCACAUUCGCUCAAGCGUGCCGGCACCGCCCACCAGCUGGCUGUGCUGGUGACGCCCACCGUCUCGGAGGCGAUGCGCGACAGACUGAAGGACGUGUACAAUGUUGUACAAGAGGUGAAUGUCCUUGACUCACAGGAUGCUGCCAAUCUGGCACUUCUCGCCCGCCCCGAACUGGGCGUCACCUUCACAAAGCUCCACUGCUGGCGUCUGGUGCAGUUCGAGAAGUGUGUCUUCCUCGAUGCAGAUACGCUGGUGCUGAAGAACUGCGAUGAGCUGUUCGAGCGUGAGGAGCUCUCCGCUGCUCCAGAUGUCAGCUGGCCGGACUGCUUCAACUCGGGCGUCUUUGUGUUCACACCCAGCGUGGACACCUUCACCAAGAUCACAGAGUUUGCCGUGCAGAACGGCAGCUUCGAUGGCGGCGAUCAGGGUCUGUUGAAUCAGUACUUUGGCGACUGGGCGACCGCAGAUAUCAAGAAGCAUUUGCCAUUUGUCUACAACGUGACGGCCUAUGCUUCCUAUUGCUAUUUGCCCGCAUUCAAACAGUUCAGAGAUAUGAUUAAGAUUUUGCAUUUCGCUGGCAAACUGAAGCCAUGGCUCAUACAGUUCAACUCUCAGACAAAGACCGCGGCCACGCCCAACGAAUAUGCCCAUGCGCAAGACCUUAUCCAACACUGGUGGACCAUCUUCUGUGAUAAUGUGCAUCAGUCUCUGACCGACAAUAUGUGUCUCUGCUUGAACAUAACGCACUCGUCGAGCUAUGCUGAAUAUACUUACGAUAUGGACAGCUACUAUCAUGAGCAAGAGCAACAACAACAACAACAUCAACACCAUCAGCAACAGCCACAGCAAUAUGUGCCGCAUGUCCGUGAAUAUCGUGAUCCCUGGGCAGAUUACUAUGAGCAAGUGGAGCGACAACAAAAUGAACCCGAACCACAAGCCGAACCCGAGCCCGAACCCGAACCACAAUUCUCUCCGCAUGAGCAGGUCGAGAGAAGAGGAAGUUGGAGCCAGUGUCAGAGCGAUGCAUGCCCCAGACCCAUAUCACCAUCACCUCAAGCACCACAAGCGCCACACGCACCUCAAGCACCACCACCGCCACCACCACCACCACAAGAACAACAACAAACAAUAACAACCACUGCCAAUGAAGAGUACAUAGCAAUAGAUGUAAAUAAUAGCAAUGAGCAAGCGCAAGCACAAGAACAACCCACCCACGAACCACACACGAACCACCACCCAACGACACAAACUACCUCAAAUCACAAAACACAAACUGAAGAAGCCGCAGAAGCCGUCGAAGCUGAGGCUGGCCUCGCCGGCGCGUUGGCGCAGCUGCGCAUCGGCGUGCAGCGCACACCUGAACAGGAGCAAUACGAGAAUCUGAUGCGCCGCCAGUGCUGGGAGUCGGGACAGAUUGAUUAUGCGGGCGUCGAUGCGUUCGACAACAUCUGGAAGAAGAUAACCCAGACGCUGGAGGCCAAGCCGGAUAAGGAGGCGGAAACUGAUAACGAUAACGAUAACGAUAACGAUACCGAUAACACGCUAGGCUUUAAUCAAUUGCUAACUAAAACCGCAAAUAAACUGCUGCAGCAGCAGAAGUCAACAAAUGAAGCCAAGAUUGAGCCUCCCAGCUCCAGCUCCAGCCUCAACCUCACUCCCAGCUCCAGCUUAAGCUUGCCAACUAAUCAGGGCUCAAGUGGCAAGGCAGAGGUCAAAGCCAGCCCCGCAGCCGCCACAACUAACAAACUUCCAACUAAUGCACAGAAAACACCAGCAGCUGCUGUGGAACAGCAAUCAACCAGGGCAGCCGCAACAGCAACUUCGACAAUAACAACAUCGACAGCAACAACAACAACAACAACGAAGCCACAUCGUGCCCAGGCAGCGGCAGCAAUACCGGCAGCAACACCGCCAGCACCGCAACCGGCCCAACAACAUAUCCUGCAGCAGAAUGCGGCACCCACCAAGCCGAGCAGGCAGAAGGCGUCGCGUAAGUUUAAAUAACAAUUACUGCAACUGCUGAUGCACUACAGCUGCCUGCCGCAACUGGCGACGAGGACAGCGCUGCUCCGAUUCACCCUGCGACUGGAUGGCGACAACGAAUCUGAACAUCUGCCGGAGCCGGUGCAUGUCUAGGCCCAGCAAGUACAACUACAGUAGAGCCCUAAUCAUAACAAAAGUAAAACGACAAGAAAAUGCUGUACAAAUGUUGCUUAAACGAAUUUUAAAACAACAAA